AUGACUCUUCAAGCCCGCAAGUGGGGGAUUUUGAAGAUAUUCACAACCCUUGUCGAAUCUCACCCCAAGGCGGCGGCUGCAUCUCACUUGAACCUCUCUUGACGGGGCCUUUGCGGUCAUUUGCAUCUUUGAAUAACUCGCAUCAUCACAUCGACAUAGCCCCACCACGAUGCCUCACGCCUUGUCGAUGGCCUCAACCGGGCUUCAAGCCCUCAUCCUCUGCGGGCCGGGCUCGUCAUUUCCGACCUUCACCUCCAACCCCGAUGAGAACCCAAAGGCGCUGCUGCCCAUUGCCAACCGUCCGAUGGUGUGGUACCCCAUUGACUUUUGUCUCCGAACUGGCAUCACAAGCAUAACCCUCAUCUGCCCUCCAUCAGCCUCAAAAGCCCUGACAGCUGCCCUCAACACCAACCCCUAUCUCACGGCCCUGCCGUUGCCACGGCCAGACGUCUUGGCCCCAGCUGACCUGGACCAAAACACGGGCACCGCCGAGAUACUGCGACUUCCGGAGAUCAGAGAGCUAGUAACCGGCGACUUCAUCGUGCUGCCAUGCGAUCUCGUCUGCGAACUCGCCGGUGAGCAGCUGCUCCAGGCGUGGAUGGUGAAGUCCGCAAGCCUCACCGGCCUCCUCGGGGCGAAGCAGCUUUCCAACGGCCACCAGACCAAAUACAGCGGCGGUCUCGGCGUGUGGUAUAACACGAAGGCCAGUGCUCCGGUCAAGGGCGAGGAGACGGACUUUAUCGCCACGGCUCCUCUGCCCACCUCUUCAACCGCUCCUCCCAAGGGUUCCAUCUUCCAGCAUGUGUCGAAGCUGGUGUACUCCAUGCCCACUGAUUCCUUCAACGAUCUCACCGAGGAGAGGAAAGCGAUCCCGAUCCGCCACGGACUGGUCAAGGCCAACCCCCGAGUCCGCAUGUACACAACGCACAGAGACGCCCACAUUUACAUUUUCCCUCGAUGGGUCCUGGAUUUCAUCAAGAAGAACGAGCGGAUGGAGAGCAUCGGCGAAGACGUCGUGGGCUGGUGGGCCAAGGCCGGAUGGCAAACCGGAUUGGCGGACAAGCUCUCGUUCGGCGAGGUCUGCCGCAGUGGUGACGACGACGAGGACGAGUCCGAGCUGGAAGGCCGCUCAUCGCCCGCCGAGUCCGCGCCCGGGAACCAAGAAAGCUCGCGGGACGCCGUGUCGUCCAUCAACAUUGCCAAGGACGGGCAGUACACGGGCGAUAAGAGCGGUUCAGCCGCAACGGCUUCCAAGUUCGAGCCUCCGUCCAUCUUAGCCUACAUCCAUUCUCAAAAGGACCAACCCGCCGGCUCAAUACUGCGCCGCGUCGACACCGCACAGCUGCUGCUCGCCAUUUCCCUCCAGCUAGCCAAGCUUCCCUCCAUCGAGGAGGAUCCCGAGAACCCCUCGCCCUUUGCCCACCCCAAGAAGGUCGCGUACCCGGAAGGCGUCAAGCCCCGCACCACCAUCACCAAGCAGGACAGCCUGAUUGCGGAGAACGUCACCGUCGAGGAGAAGACGUCCAUCAAGGAGACGGUAGUUGGCGCGGGCUGCCAGAUCAACGAAGGAGCGAAGCUGUCUCAGUGCCUUCUGAUGGAAGGCGUGGUUGUCGGAAAGGGAUGCAAGCUCACGAGGUGUAUCCUGGGCAAGCGGUGUAUCAUUGGCGCGGGUUCUGUUCUCACGGACUGUGAAGUACAGGAGAACCUCAUUGUUGAGCCUCGCACCGAGGACAAGGACAAUAAGCUCAUGAGCUCUGAGGGCCUCGAGGCUACGGAGGCGGAAAUGGAGGAGGUGUUGCAGGAAAUGGAAGAAGAAGUUGCCGCCACGGGAGAGGAUGUAGACAUGGAAUAGACUUGGCCAAAAGUUGAAUAGAA